AUGACUGAAAGGAAUGCGCCGGUGGGCGCUUCCAAUGCUGGGGCCAGGUCCACUGAUGCAGGGAAGGAAACGAGCGUCAAGGACUCACACACAUCUGCGGCCAAGGCCGAAACGACCGGCUCGGGCAGUCAUUCUAGUCCCAAGAAGCGCCGAAAAGUGAAUCACGGCGAUGGCAUGAAUGCCCGCACCCAUCUUUCUGAGAAACUGGCUUUGCUAAUGGAGUUUGUUCGUGUGGGACAGCAUAUGACCUGCGACUCGGAACGGCCAUGCACCAGGUGUAUAAAGCGAAACAUCGGUCACCUAUGCCAUGAUGAGCCGAGGGAAACUCCGAAGCGGGGACGUGGUGAACAAGAUAAUUCGGCCGCAGACGAAGAAGGCUCGUCGACUGAGUUAGGCGCCAUUCAAGGCAUGCCCAGGAGUGUCGACACCGCCGAUGCUGCUGGUCAGCAACCAUUCCCUGAUACUACAAUUGGAAUCGCUCCCUCGGCCGUGAAUCCGCCUUCAACGGUGCCGCCGGGGAAUCUCUCUCUAUCUGGCCAGGGCCUUGAUGCUAACCCACCGCUCAUGCAAUACAACGACUGGGCAGGUGGUCAGAAUCAAUUUCAAGAUAUGCAUUCUCUCCAUCCGUCAUACAUGUUCAAUGCGCACGAAGUCACCAACGAGUACAACCUGCUUGGAGAUUUCCUCAGCAACAGUCUUCUGGAUGACGGGGCAAUGUUCCAAAAUCAAGAGAUGCCAGGGAUCUACAACGAUUCAUCGUUGAUGAACUCGAUGACUAUGGGAAUGCCAAAUGGUUUGGCUACUCCCACGCAACUCCAGCCGCCAGCACAAAGCCAAGGUCUGUCAGGGGAUUCGAUUCAACAAUCAGUUUCAACAUUGGGCAAUGACAAAGCCCGGGAAACAUACUACAUGACCGCUGCCGACCCGGCGGGUACUGAUCCACCAGAGGAGCGGAUGAACAAGCUUCUGAAGGCGAAAUAUGACGCUGGAUUACUGAAACCAUUCAAUUAUGUUAAGGGAUACGCACGGUUGAAUCAGUAUAUGGAAAAGAACAUGCAACAAAUAUCCCGGCAAAAGAUUCUUCGGCAGCUCGACAAGUUCCGGCCCAAGUUCCGAGAACGCAUGCAAAGUUUGACUGAUAUCGAACUUAUUCUGGUGGAGAUGUGGUUUGAACGGAGUCUCAUGGAGUACGAUCGUGUCUUUGCCAGUAUGGCUAUUCCCGCCUGUUGUUGGCGUCGAACGGGCGAGAUUUUCCGAGGCAACAACGAGAUGGCGCAGUUGAUCGAUGUUCCAGUUGAGGGCCUGCGAGAUGGCAAACUUGCUAUCCAUGAGAUUAUCGUGGAAGAUCAACUGGUGAGCUAUUGGGAGAAGUUCGGAGCCAUUGCUUUCGACAACACCCAAAAGGCUAUGCUCACCAGUUGCACACUGAAGAGCCCCAAUCCCAACUCAAAGAGCGAUGGGAUUACCUGCUGCUUUUCGUUUACGAUCAGACGAGAUAACCACAAUAUCCCGUCACUCAUAGUUGGCAACUUCCUUCCCAUUCAGAGGUAG